ACAACAGCCGGAACCUUCGUUUGUAUUAUGUUUCCGCCCGGAGUCAUAAGAAGUAGGUACCGCAAGCGUGUUGUGUACAUCAGAAGUGCCCAUGCUUAGUUAACAGAUAAUUAUUAUUUUAUUUUUUUUUAUGAAAGACGUCCAUAAAAACAAGUAAAUGAUCUUACCGGAAGAAUCAUCUUCACUUUAACGGUAACGGACAUUUUAAACCGCGUCACUAACGGUUCUAACGGCUUUCGGAGGACAUAAAAAAAAAAAAGGAGACUUUCACUAUCAGCCACCAUGAAGAUCAAGCGACAGAAACAAGCCAAGAAAACCAUAAGUUUCUACAAAUUCAACUUCAGCUUCAGGGAACCCUUUCAGAUCCUCAUUGAUGGAACUUUUUGUCAGGCGGCUUUGAAAAACAAGAUUCAGAUCAAGGAGCAAAUGCCCAAAUAUCUGAUGGGGGAGGUGCAGCUGUGCACUACAAACUGUGCGCUGAAAGAACUGGAGACUCUGGGGAAAGAGCUGUAUGGAGCCAAAAUCAUCCUGCAGAGGUUUCAGGUGAGGAGAUGUCCACAUUUCAAGAGCCCUGUCCCUGCUUCAGAGUGUCUGCUGUCCAUGCUGGAGGAGACAAACCCACACCAUUACUUUGUGGCUACACAGGACCACACAGUAACAGCCGGCCUGAAGAAGAUCCCUGGAGUUCCUCUGCUCUACAUCAUCCUCAACACCAUCGUGCUGGACAAACCCUGCAAGACGUCCCUCGACCACGUCCAGGCCGUCCAGCUGGGAGAGCUGGUCAGCCCGGCUCAGCAGCAGAGCAUCCGCAGCCUGAAGGAGGAGCAGGGCAUUGCCCAGAAGGAUGGAGAGAGGCGGGGGAAGAAGAGGAAGAGGAAACAGAGCAAUCCUAACCCUCUGAGCUGCCUGAAGAAGAAGAAGAAAGGUGUCCCGACACCGUCACUGAAGAAGACUGAGCAGGGGCAGAAGAGGAAAAGAAGUCGACACAAGAAACAAAAAGAUGACAUGUCUGCUCCUGUGGUUACAAAUACAUAGUACAGCAGGAAGACAGAGACUUGAGCCAUUUUUGUUUCUCCCAUAAAUAUUAUUUGAAGAUGUCAAAUAUAUUCACGAUUAAUAUAAUUCCAAACUAAAAUAAUUACACUCUGCAGAUUUACUUCUGGUCUGUUUUUAACAAUGUUACUGCAUAGAAUAAACCUUUGUUUAUUACACAAAAUGCCAUUUUUAAAAAUACUUGUCAUGGUAUUUGUUUUAUUUUGAAAAACGUAACAGUUUCCUGGACUAACAGGCAUGGAAUUGAAACCGUUCAGAAACAUGCCGAUAUUGUAAAGUGAGAAGAUUUGUCUUGGCUUUUAUACAAAAUAAAAAAAGCAGGUUUUUACAGGCACAUAGUUGAACAUAUUAGAUGCACUCAGACAUUACAGUUUAUAUGGAAGUUGAUAUACAAAGAAAACCGAUGCAUUCAGUCUUUGCAGAUGCACAAGGAAGAAGUGUCAUCACAAUGACUUGAUUUUUUUAUAUAUCUGCUAAAUUCUGUUGCAUUUUUUUGUACACUGAAUUUAGUCCAAAAGACAACUUCCAUAACAAAUAUGUCCAUUCAGACUUCACUUGAUCGUCUUAUCAGGUCAUUCUUUAGAUUAAAAAUCACUUAUAAAUAAAGAACAAUUCAUUCUCUUGUUAUAUAUUACAUCAAUAAAUGAAUAUGGAAAAGAGUACUUGAUUUACAAUGUCAGAAGUUACUGUGGAAGUGACACUAAGCACAACAACUGAAGUCUUAAUUAUCAAGACAAUACAAUACUGUAUGAUUCCCAGCUGUAACUAAAUGAUUAUCUUUAUUAUAAAAGGGUCACUGGAUGAAUUGAA